UGAAAAUUUUUUAACAAAAUAUAUCUUAAUAUCAAUUCAAUGAGUCCUUUGCCUUUCCCAUAUGGCAUAAAUUAAUAUCAUCAUCAUCAAUUCAAUUAGAUAAUAAAAAUGGGUUGUAUGCUAAGGAGCGAUCUUAUGUCUUUGUGUGAAAUAUUUAUUCAGCCAGAAUGCGCGUUCGAGGUAUUAUCUCGAUUGGGAGAAACGGGAAACGUUCAAUUUCUCGACAUGACACCGGAUGUCAAAGCCUUUAACCGGAGUUACAUAAUGGAGCUAUGUGGCUGCGUCGAAAUGGAACGUAAACUAAUAUAUAUGCAAGGAGAGAUGAUGAAGGAUAACAUCGAUAUUCCCCCAUUGGAAGUGGAGCCACAGGCACUGCCAUUGAACGAAAUGAAGUCCCUUGAUAAUUUGCUAGAAAAAUGGGAGAGUGAAGUGCAGGAUUUGUCUGACAACCAAGUGGCUCUUCUUAAGAAUUAUUUGGAAUUAAGCGAGAUGUAUUAUGUUUUAACGCAUAUUGGAAAUUUACUUGGUGAUACCGAGCUCACUUCUGAAUCGUUGUUUGGAAAGGCCUCAUCAGCAGGUGACGGAUCCGCCGGUCACCUCACAGUUAUGUGCGGUGUGGUUCAAAGGAGCAGGUGCUUUCCUUUUGAAAUGAUGUUGUGGAGAGUUUCCCGAGGAAAUAUUUAUUAUCGACAAGCUGCUGACGAUGCCUUCCUGCAAGAUCCACAGACUGGUCAAGAGCUACGUAAGGUAGCUUUUUUAGCAGUCUUUCAAGGCGAAGCUUUGAGUAGCCGCAUGGAAAAAGUAUGCAAUGGAUUCAGAGUUAACGUCUACUCCUGCCCAGAGACAAUUGACGAGAGGAUGGAUAUGCUUCAUAAACUUGACGUUCGCAUUGGAGACUUAGAAAAAGUUAUUAGAAAGACAAAAUAUCAUCGAUGUAAAGCGUUAGUGACAAUUGCAAAACAAUAUAGUACGUGGAUAGCUCAAAUAAAAAAAGCGAAGGCGAUAUAUCAUACUAUGAAUAUGUUUACUCUUGAUAUUACAAGAAGGUGUCUUAUUGGUCAAUGUUGGGUCCCUGAUUUAGAUUUGCCCAUUGUAAAAGAAGUACUGGAAACCUGCUCGGAAGAAAUGGAAUCAAACGUUCCUUCAUUUAUAUCAAAAAUAGAAACAUCACUGACUCCUCCAACUUAUCACCGAACGAACAAAUUUACAAGAGGUUUUCAAGCACUUAUUAAUGCCUACGGUGAUUCUACGUAUGGAGAGCUUAAUCCAGGACUAUACACUGUUAUAACGUUCCCGUUCCUCUUCUCUGUGAUGUUUGGGGAUGUUUGUCACGGUAUGAUCCUACUUGCAUUUGGCGCGUGGAUGGUUAAAUCCGAAAAAAAGUUUUUAGGAAAGCCGUCUACUAAUGAAAUUUGGAAUAUUUUUUUCGGCGGCCGGUAUGUAAUUCUGCUAAUGGGUGUGUUCACGCUCUUCACUGGUUUUCUAUACAACGAGUAUUUCUCGAAACCUAUCACUUUAAUGACGCCUUACUGGAAGAAUACAUUUACGCGCGAGGAAAUAGAGAAAAAUCAAUAUAUUACUCUAAACCCAGUUUUUGAGACUAAUAGCCCAUAUAUCUUUGGUGUGGAUCCCAUUUGGAAGCUGGCAAAAAAUAAAAUUAUGGCUUUGAACUCACUCAAGAUGAAACUGUCUAUUAUAAUAGGAAUUGUCCAUAUGAUAUUUGGUUUAUCGCUGAGUCUUUUUAACCAUCUCUAUUUCAAACGGCACUAUGCAAUUUAUUUGGAGUUCAUACCGCAGAUGUUAUUUUUGUGUGGUCUCUUUUUAUGGUUGGUUAUUCUGAUGUAUAUGAAGUGGUUCUUAUACAGCGGAAAAACAACCGACUUAAAAACUGGUGCAGGUUGUGCUCCACUUAUCCUUAUAUUGUUUAUCGAUAUGGUGCUUGCAUCGACUUCAAAGCCUGUAGAGGAAGAUUGUGAUGCUUAUAUGUUUGAGGGCCAGGAAGGAUUACAGUCCAUUCUUGUUUUGGUUUCCUUGGUUUGUGUUCCUAUUUUGCUGUUUGGAUCCCCAGUAUACCUUAAUAGAUACAACAAGAAGAGAAAAGAAGAAGCACUGAAGAAAAUAAGCAACUUUCGAAAAUACCAACGCAUUGAUUCCGAUAAAAAAGAAGAACAAUCAAUUCUAGAUGAGAUUGAGAAGUAUUCAACUUCUUUUGGAGAAUUGAUGAUACAUCAAGCUGUUCAUACAAUUGAGUUUGUUCUUAGUACAAUCUCGCAUACCGCCUCAUAUCUGCGUCUAUGGGCGUUGUCAUUAGCCCACGAACAACUAUCAGAAAUGCUGUGGGUGAUGAUUUUCGCAAAAUUAGCACUUCGCGAUACAAGUUCUAUGGGUCCGAUAAAAAUAUUUUUCAUAUUUGCUAUCUGGGCUGUAUUCACGUUGUCAAUUUUGGUAAUCAUGGAAGGUUUAUCGGCUUUUCUUCACACACUCAGGCUGCACUGGGUUGAAUUUAUGAGCAAGUUUUACCAUGGUGGAGGCUAUCCUUUUAAGCCUUUUAACUUUCGUUCCAUAUUAUCUGGCGAUGCUAAAGAUGACAAAGAAGGCAUUUGUAAGAGGAGAGCGAAAACUGAAUAUUAAGUGCCCUAGUUUGUCCUAGGAGUUUUAAGGAAGUCAUUAUUUUAUGUUUACGUUAAGAUUAUAAUAAAAUACAUUUUAGUUUUCUUUUAUAAUAAGCCUAUUUUAAAAGCUUUAUGAAAUAUUAAUUAGAUUUA